UACGAUGCAUUUAGAAAGUCAAUGAUGACGAACAGCGAACAAGAUGCCGCGAUGAGGCAACUGAUUACCGAGGGAUUUGAAAAUGUGAAUGCUGAUAAUGACAUUGGUUGUGAUAGUGCCAUGCUUAUACGGUCGAUGUAUGCUGGCAGUUCUACUUCAUACAUUCCGAUAGAUCGAGCACGAAGUCUUUGUAAACCACCACCUCCGGUCAAACCAGCCACUCUUAGAAAUAAAAUCGUUUCUGGAAAUACUUUGGCAUCUUCUUUAUCGCUAGCAAAAAGUAAACAGGCUGUUGUUGAUGCCAAAGUAUCCGAAUUUUCGCUCAUUUCAUCUUCCAGUUCGCCAGUUGAUAAUGAUUCUGUCAGUAAGGAAACAUCUACUUCAACAGAUGCCGAUGCCAGCACUCUGGAAACUAGCAUAUUACUGGACCAACGUCCUGAAGCAAGGACUGAUCAACCGACAGAUGUUCAAAGCAAAUCUGUAGUGAAUAGUAGACGUGCUAGUUUCCUAAAUGGAGAAAUUAAAAAACCUAAGGUAAAACCACCUCCACCGCCUACGCAUUCGCGUCAGUCUCCCAAAGACUACGGUAAUAGUGAUAGCACUGAAGGAGAAGAACAAGUCUGCCAAGAAAGUCAUUCUAUCGAGACUUACAAUAAUUUUACUCAAGAGGUAGUAAAUUUUCCAGAAACAAUAUCAACAAAAUUCCACAGAUUUGAACGCAAGUGUUUGAAGGAAGGUCAUAUACCAAGUGUACCAUCAAUACCACCACCGUCUCCACCGAUCAUUUCACCUUCAGAAUCUAUAAACGAUGGAAUGUAUGAAGAAAUUCAGCAACUCACCUAUGCUGAGGAAAACUUUGGAAAGGAGCAAGUGAAAAUGUCUAAUGAGCUUACCGAUCAAGUAUUAAUUCUUGAGAACAAUUUCGAUGAAAGUGGAACCGAAGAAUUUUUGAUUGCUGAGGAAAAAAAGAAUGGCAUCUUUGAUAAUUAUUUCAAUCAGAAUAACUUUGGUACUGUGCUACAAAAAACUGAUUACGGAAAAUACUACGUGGAGAAUAAAAAAAAUGAUAUUUCUGCAAGAGAAAAAACAACAAUGGUUAGAAGGCCAAAAAGUGCCUUGGAAUUCGAUAAAUUACUGCGAAUUAAAUCUGACAUUCAAGUGAACAUUACAAAAAAGGUUGUUGGCCAAAUCAAGCUCAAAGUUAGUUCUGCCUCACAAGACAAAAGAAAAUGUCAGAGGCUUUCUUCAAUGUUUUACGUUAAUCAGGAAAAAAUGGAAAAUCGUGAUGAUGAUGUUAUUGCUAAAAUUGACUUUCCAUUGAAUGAGCAAUAUAUUUACGGUGAUGAUUGGUCAUCUGAUGAAGAUGACUCCACAAGUACAAUAAAUAAGCAAAAUCCUUCUGAUCAAGAACAAAGGCAAGAAUAUCAAACUGAAACGAGCAAAAAUUUACCAGAAGCAGCAUCGUAUUCAAUGCUGUCUGAGAUUGAACGAGAGUUGCGGCUUAGAUUUCAACCUCUCAGCAAUCUUCCCGAUGUCGUAUUGGAAUCAAAAAGAAGAUCGUUAAGUGUUGAUCAAUUACCACAAAACAGCAAGUCAAUCAUCGAACGGCCUCCGUUUGAUGAAUUUAAAAACGCUUGUGAAGGUGUUGAGAUUGAUAGUAAAGAAAUACUUGGUAAAAGUCUUGCUGAGACUGUCAGUGAUCAAGAAAGAAUGACAGCAAAAGAGAGCUAUGAAAUCUUGCUUCCAUCAUCUUUGUCAUCACCUGAGCGAAACUAUCUUCCGAGUACCUCAUCAGAAUAUACUCUGAAAGAAUUUGAUCGAUCAAUUUAUACUCCUAGAAUAAUUCCUGAUCCACAACCACUUUAUCAAAUUUAUAUGAUGGAACAAAAUGACCGAUUAAUGUAUGAAGAUGAGCAGGAUGAAAGGCAGCCAAGUAUCAGUGGUAACAAAGUACCAAAUGUGCAGCGAGCUCCUUCAAUUGCAUCAACAGACAGUGGUCGCGGAGCAGAUUGCUCUACUACCAUAUCACAGCUAACUUCUAAUACUUCAAUGAAACGCAAUCGUUUAAUAGCAGUCAGCCAUUUUGGAAGUCAACGAUCACUAUGGUGUGAAUUACCAGAAGUAAGAAAUGCAGGCUUACUAGAGAAAUUGGACAGCGAUACAAAGAAACUUCAAGAAGCCUAUUUUGAAGUGAUCACAAGCGAAGCAUCCUACCUUCGUUCCGUCAAUAUCUUAAUCACGCACUUUAUGGCUGCUCCGGAAAUGCUUGGCAACUAUACAUUUUAUUGCGAAUUUCCAGGUUCCAAAGGAUCUUCAUCAGUGAUAGUAAACGAAGAACGGAAGCAACUUUUUAGCAAUAUAUUUGCAGUUCGUGAUUGUAGUGAAAGAUUGUUAUCAGAUCUAGAAAAUAGAUUACAAGACAAUUUGGUAUUAUCUGAUGUGUGUGAUAUUUUAUGUGACCAUUUUGAAGCAAAUUUUGAUCCUUAUGUCAAAUAUUGUUCCAAUCAAGUUUAUCAAGAUCGUACACUUCGCAGACUCAAAUCUGAAAAUUCAACAUUUCUUUCUUGCAUACAGCGCCUUGAGAGCGACCGUUUAUGCCAAGGAUUAGACAUGCGAUCAUUUUUGAUGUUACCUAUGCAAAGGGUUACUCGAUAUCCACUUUUGGUGAUCGCAAUUCUUGAACAUACGCAACAUGACACAACAAAUUAUCAGACUGCCCAAAUUGCGUUGCAUCUUGCUAAUAAGAUUGUGACUUGCUGCAACGAAGGCGCCAGACGAAUGGAGCGUACUGAGCAGUUACUAGAAAUCGAACGUCGUCUUGUUUAUAAGUCAUCUGAUUUGAAACGCAUUCCUUUGGUUUCUUCUGGUCGCUAUUUAGUUAAGCGAGGAUCACUGACGUAUUUGACUGAGAAACGUACAAAGAAGCUUUUAAACACUCGUCAGCACUUUCAGAAUAUUUAUAUUUUUCUUUUCAACGAUAUUAUUAUGCUAACUAAGAAGAAAGUUAAUGGAACCUUUAUAUGUAAAGAUUAUUCAGCAAGACGAUUUGUUGAUAUUGAACCGGUUGAAAUUGAUGAUCCCAAGUUAUUACAAUGGGUAACCGCGCAUAUUCCUCUGAAAAAACCACAUUUAUUCAUCUGUACGCUGAUGCAUAAUGCUGUAGGGAAACAGGUUGAACUCCUACUAAAUGCUGAUUCUGAAACUGAUCGUGAACGAUGGCUUUCAGCUUUAAGGCCACCUGCUUGCACGAAUCCGGAAGAGAAAAUUUAUGCAGACUGGGAUUGUCCGCAAGCAGUUGCUGUUCAUCGCUAUUCCUCAGGACAAGAGGACGAAUUAACUCUCGAAAAAGGCGACUUAAUCAAUGUACUACGUAAAAUGCCUGAUGGUUGGCUUUUUGGAGAACGCGUUCGUGAUGGUUUUAGCGGCUGGUUUCCUUCAUCGUAUGUGCAACAAGUACUCAAUGACCACGUUCGGGCAAAAAACUAUCGACAGCGUUUACGUGUUAUUCAGGCAGCAGCUAAUCUCCGCCUUCGUCAUGGAAAGAUAAAAGCAGGAAACGAAGAAAAUUCUCGCCAUCUUAUACAUCGAUUUCGUCGGCUUAGCCAUACCAGAAGUAUGUUAAAUGGGUGA